GGAAUUCAGGGUGCUCCAGGAGUUGGUUUUAGUCUAACCACAAAUGGAAAUUAUGAUAUAAAUGGUAAAAGACUCACAAAUGUUGGUGCACCUAAUUCUAAUACUGAUGCUGCUACAAAGAAGUAUGUUGAUGAUAAUUCCAGUGGUUCACCCACAACAACACGAUUAACAGUUGAUUCAAACAUUGAUAUGAAGGAUCAAUUUCGUAUUCUUAACCUCAAACAUCCGGAUGACGCAGAUGAGCCGGCUACAAAACAAUACGCAGACAGCAAAUUUCUUGACAGAAAUGGUUCCCGAACAAUGAUUGGUAAUUUAAGCAUGAAUAAUAAUAAAAUAAUUAAAGUUGGCACACCAACAGCUAAUGAUGACGUAGCAACCAAAAAGUAUGUGGAUGAUAAAUCCAGCGGAUCACUCACGUCAACAAGGCUAACAGUUGAUUCAAAUAUCGAUAUGAAAAAUACAUACCGAAUUACAAAUCUUAAAACACCACUAGACCUUAAAGAUCCAGCCACAAAAGGUUAUGUAGACAACACAUUUCUUGACAGAGAUGGAUCUUACCCAAUGAAAGGUAAUCUGAAUAUGGAUAAUAAACAAAUAUUAAAUCUACCAGCUCCAACAGGUCCCAAACAACCAACACCAUUAGCUUUUACAGAUUUAAAGUAUGUUGCCCGUGAUGGUUCAUCUACAAUGACUAAUAAUCUAAACAUGGAUAAUAAAAAAAUAAUUAACCUUAGAACACCAACAUCAGACACAGAUGCAACAACCAAAAAGUAUGUGGAUGACUCAAUACCUGAUACUAGUUCUUUUGUAAAAAAAGAUGGAAGUAUAACAAUGACUGAUAACCUAAAUCUUGGAAACAAAAAAAUAAUUGGUCUCGCAACUCCAACAUCAAACACAGAUGCUGCAAACAAAAAGUAUGUUGAUGAUAACACAGCUGCCCCAGAUUUGAGUGAUUAUUUUGAAAAAGAUGGUACUGUAACUAUGACUGGGAACCUUAAUGUUGGUAAUAAUAAAAUAAUAAAUCUUAGUAAGCCAACCCAAGACAAUGAAGCGGUAAAUAAAAAUUACGCUGACAAACUAGUUCAUCAUACUACAGUUCAACCAAGUCAUUACAACAACCAGUUUGCUUAUCUUAUGUCUAGUGGAUCUCAAUGGACUGAUGAAAUAGAUACCGGAACCAGUUUUGUUAUAAAAGAAUAGGAGAUUUAACACCAAACAAAGGAAACUUUCAUGAUUAUAAUCACAAAGUUAUUUUUAUGGGUAUAAACAAAAAUUCUCAAGGUGGGUACAAGUAUAAAAUGGGAAUCAACUUUUACAGGUUAACUGCAAAUGUUGACUAUACCCUUUGUCUUGAAAUACUUAACACUGAUUAUCAACUAUGGUAUAAGUCACAAAUAAGUGUAGACAAAGGAACUUCAACAGGAUUAUCAAUUGGAAAUGUUAGUGUAAGGAAACUCUCCCAUAGGUACAGCGAUUCAAAGGGACAAACACAAUUUAUGUAUUACCAUAGAAUAAUAGUUAAUUUCCGGAAGUUGACAACUGGUAAUAAGUUCUUUCUUCACAUUUUGGUUAAUAUACCACAAGAUGGAACUGACUUGGCUAUUUAUCCGAGACAGUUUUUGGGGGUUUAUUUAAUUACUUAUGGAAUUGUGGGAACAUUUAGCAAUAUCGAUCCAGAUAAAGUUUACGACUAUCACACAGCAUUUGAUAUCAAACCAACACAAGUGGUGUACAAUGUUGAUAUUAAUGCAAAUAAUAAAAAAAUAUUGAACGUCAAUCUUGAUAGAAACAAUAACAAUAGUGUUGCAACAGUUGGAAUG